AUGGAAGCAGCAACUGUAGCUGCUAGAAUUUUGCAAGCUGCCAAUAAUGUAGCAGUAACUCCCACGAGGGAAGAAGACUCGGAAAAUGAAUUCCAGUCCCUACUAACUACGACAAGGCAAUCAUUUAGAAGGAGAGAUAGUGGUACUACUCCUUCAAGAGGGAGAAAAAGAAGCAGAACAUUCACUAGGAAAGUUUUUAUAAUGAGGUUAGCAAAUGCUAAUUUUUUUCCUGGGAAAAAGGAGCAACAAUUUUUAAAGGACAGAGGCUUAGGUUUUCACUUGCAAGAGGAGGAUUUACUUUUAAACAUUGAUACACAGGAUGAAAUUGAGUUUCCGUGUUUACCGGAGGAGGCAGAAGUAAAGUUGAUAAAUUUGAAAAGGGAUGAAGUGGUUGAAACCAUGUUUGAUAUUUAUAAAAACGAGAAAGACAUAUGUGAUUUCAAACUGGGAGUCAAAUUUAUUGGUGAAGAUGGCAUUGACGGCGGAGGUCUAACGAAUGAAAUGUUUAGUAUUUUCUGGUCCAGCAUAUUUGCUAAUGGAAAAUAUUUUCAAGGGAAUGAUGUCUUUGUGCCGCAUGUGCCUUUUCACAAAGUAAAAAAAGUGAAAAACGAGUUUCAGGUUUUGGGGAAAAUAUUAGGGCACAUGAUAUUACUAACACAAACAGUUCCACAUAAGCUGGCACUAUAUACACUAACUGGGCUAUCAAACAAAUGUGAUGAUUAUUGUCAAAAUAAUUCUGACCUGCUGCUGCAAGAUUUUUUGUUGCUGAUUACCACAGCAGAGAGAAGGCUGCUGCAUAAGGCAUUGUACAAGUUCGAUGAGCUAUCAAGCUUCGAAAGAAACAGAUUAAUCAGCUUUUACUCUGCCAAUGCUUUGUAUGAUCUGCCUAAAGCUGAAGAAAUAAAAGAACAAGUAUUAGCUAUUGCAGAAAAACUUCUAAUAGACCAACCCAAACCAUUGUACAAAGAACUGCAAAAAGGUCUUCCGGCUGAUAUUGCAGAUUUUUUAAACAACAUGUCCUACAAAACAGUUAAUAGUAUUUGGUACAAAAUGCAGCCAACUCCUACCAAAGUAAUGGGGGCAUUAAAAUUAAUAAUAAAAGAUCCAACAAAUGAUGAAGACAGAUAUUUCUAUUACUUACAAAAUUAUGUAGGAUCUUUGACUCUAAAUCAGUUAAAUACCUUUUUGUUAUUUGUUACAGGAUCAGUGCAAAUGCCUAAAGAAAUUCUUGUUGGAUUUCAUACCAAUUCUGGUAUUGCUCGUAGGCCAAUUGCACAUACAUGUGGCAAUUUAAUUGAAAUCGGAAUGAGUUAUGAAACUCAACAAGAGUUAAAUAGGGAGAUGGACUGUUACCUCAAUGACCCUUCUUCCUAUGAAUAUAAUCUUAUUUAA